GUGCUGAGCUUCUUCUCGCAGGCCGUGUAUGGCGUCACGACAGAUGGAAGCCUGAAGACGGCUCUCAAAGCCAGCUCAGAACCGAAAGAGCUGCUUGCGUCAUCGCCGUUCAAGGAGAUGCUGGAGGAGAUCCUGGCGCUGAUUGCACCGCCGCCUCAUGGAGGCCCUGCGGCCAUGGAGAUCGUUGCGUGCACAGAUACUGACUCGGUCGCGGUGGACGGCUUGACGCUCGCGACAUUGGCGGUGCCCGCGGAGGUGAUGAAGAAGCACGAAGGCUCUUUGACGACUUGGCUGACGACACUCCACGAGCACCAGUCGACAUUUGUGCGGCUCAUCUCCCAGGGCGAUGGCGGCGUUGGUCAGAUUGCUGCGCUCCUGGAGGGUUCCGUGGUGAAGCACCUGGACUCGGACCAACGACUGUUGAUCUUCUACGACUCGAAGUGUGCAGGCGAGGCUUCGACGCAGGCUCAUGUUCGCCUUCCAAGCUUCAACCAGGAGCGCUUCAAGACGAUGAUGCAAGCAGUCUUCACUGCCCGCAAGGAUCCCGAGAACCACGGACCGUGCGGCUCCGACAUUGUCAUGAUCAUGGACGGUGGGCGGCAGAUCGACUCCAAGAUCACGAGCAAUCUGGUCAAGGCCGAUGGCCACCCUUGGCCCAGUCGGCAUCGUCAGCUCUUCACUGUUUGCUACGACGAGAAGACUUACGAGAUGCGCAGAGAGCGCUCGCGCGGGUUCGUUCAGCUCACCGAGGGUGUCCACUGCUACAGCAGUGAGCCCAUGGUCUUGGAGAAGCGCCAGCGCUUGCAUUUCUGGGGGAGCAACAUGGCCGAGAUCAUCAAUCCGGUGCCCCUUCCUGACUGGAAGGAGCUGUGGCUCCUGGACCGGCCGACGAAGCUCAAGCUCUACACGGCAAAUGGACGGCACCUGAGUAGCGGCCCCAAUCCGGAUCCGGAUUUUGUGCCGCCCAAGUUCGACAAUGCGCGGGAGCCGGUGGCGUGGCACAGCAAUCACGUGAAGCUGUAUGAAGAAUUGUUGGUGUCGUUUCAGUGCAAGGCCGUGGUGGAUUUGACGGCCUGCGACGAGCAAUUCGCCCUUGCAUGCGUGCACAUGAAGGUGCCUUACUUGGGCGUCUGCUGGGGGGACCGGCACAAGGAACUUCUGGACAAGCAGCUUGGGCAGCGGAUGUGGAGCGAGUACCGCACAGAAGGCUCCGCGCUCUUCCGCGCUGAUAU